AUGGUAAACUAUUGGGAAGAAGACGAUACCAUAGAUAUUCGACAUUAUUCGAUUCGAGCCGUAGCUGCUGGAAUCAACAAAUCUGUGAAGAAGUUAAUAACUGCUGGUAAAUCUACUACCAAAGAGUUGCCAGAUCUAUCGAAAUAUAAUGAUAUCGCUGAUUAUCUGUUAAAUCCCGGGCAUUUGAGCGACAGCGAAUAUGAGGGAGAAGAGCAGGAAAUUAUAUUGCCGCAGAACAUCAGUGAACAAGGUGGUACUGUAAGAGGAGAAAAAAGUCAUGUGCGCCUGAUGGAGAUUGGACCUCGACUGAAACUUGAAUUGCUAAAAAUUGAAGACGGUAUUGAUGAGGGUGAGGUAUUGUAUCACCGACUUGUACAGAAGACCGGUGCAGAAUUGGAGAUGUUGAAGAAAGAGGCUCCUAAGAAGAAAAAGCUGAAGAAACGAAUCGAGCAAGAAAAUGAACAUCGUAUCAUUCGUAAGCUUGAAAAAGCGCAAGAAGCGAAGAAACGAGAGGAGGAAGAAUUGAAAGCCGUUAUAGAGAAGGCAGCAAGGAAACAAGCUGCAGCUACUGGACAAACUGAAGAUAUUGAAAAUACCCGAGAAAAGGAUAGGGAAAUUGCGAUGAAUAGGGAAAGGUUGGUUAGAGAAGUUUUCUUCAUCAUUAAUCGAUCAAUUAAUUGUUCUACUCAUAAUUCUUCCUGA